CGGCGGUAAGAAAGGUUGCUCUUCGCAUCCGACAGGGGUUUUAAACUCUGCCUGGACCUCGCCUCCAGUUUAGAGCCCCUACGCCAGCAAAGCUUGUGUUCCGCUUACGUUACGAGGGCACGCACGCAGUCAAGCGCAGACUCCGUGACAGCCAUCGCGGUGCCCGAUCUCUGCACUCUUGCCAGUUUUCAAUCGUGUGUGGAUUUGUUGUGCACUCAGGACGCAUUACAGAUAACAGAUCUCCAGAUUGGUUGCAGUUUUCUUUUAUUCUCUAAUCGAUGUUGUCUUCUCUUGGUGGACCCCCUUGGUAUUCAAACUCAAGUGAGCGGUCUCAGAUAAGUCACGACUGGCAUGCAUGUUACAACACUCAUACUUCCCCUACUCUGUCCCCCGUGUCUGGUCCCAAAUCGAUCAGAUGGAAGCGCAAGACCCGUAGAUUGACUCUGGCUGCCUGGAGGCAGAUUGAGGUGGACUAUAGCUUGUUUACCGUUCCGUUCGACACCACACGCGCUCCCGCCACAAUCUAUCUGGCUGGUGCCCUCGGCGAACAUGUUGGUCCUUCGCAGGUGCAUUCUGACGGCCUCAGUUCUUCCGCUCAAGUUUUCAGGCCUAGCGGUCCAGUGGUGGGCAGUUCUUCCGCUCGAGUUUCAGGCAGGGAAAGAGGCGACAAGAGGGGGCGAGAGGAAAGCGAUGGCCGUUCUUCAAACCAGGGCAGUGCUUUAAAUCAUGGCAGUUAUUCAAUUCAAGGUUCUUCCAAUCAAGUUUCUUCAAAUCAAUUGGGCAGUUGUUCCAACCAGAGCAGUCCUUCAAAUCAAGGUUCUUCCAAUCAAGUGUCUUCAAACCAGGUUGGAGCUUCGUCAGAGGUUGGUGCGAGUGCGGACCCAACAGUGGAAGCUUCGUCAGAGGUUGGAGCUUCGUCAGAGGUUGGCGCUUCGACAGAGGUUGGAGCUUCAAAUCAAGGUUCUUCCAAUCCAGUUUGCUCCAAUCAAGUUUCUUCCAAUCAAGCUUCGUCCGAGGUUGGAGCGAGUGCGGACCCAACAGUGGAAGACAGAGAUCCAGAGGAGAUGUGUGAGGAGAUGUUUGAGGAGAUGUUUGAGGAUGUAUGCCAGCAUCUCCUUCCGAGGCCACAUGUGGACCCGAGUCGACUGCGAGCGUACAUGAUGUUGUUUCCAAAAUACCAUGACGAUGGGGAAUCGAGUGAUAGUGAGUUCGAAAGUGCGCAGACUGAAUGGGUUGUCGACUUCUUAGCGGCUUACACAAGCUGCCCUCGGGAGGAGAGGGAUCAUUUCUUGCACGAAUGGGCUGACCUCCUCGAGUAUGGAUGUUAUCCCGACAUGCUCCGAACCCUCCAGGACAUAGUCGCACACGAUGGGCUUGCUAUUCAUUAUCGGUCUCUCGCACAACACUUCCUUGGACGCCUAUUGGAGACGAUGGAUUAGAGUUAUCGCUGUGUUGGUUGAAACGUUAUUGAACUGGCUCCCAAAACUCAGCACGGGUUGAAGCGACCCUUUUCUGCCCAAUGGGAGCUUAUCUUCUUGGGACUUCGCAUAUAUACGGUUAGGGUGUUUCCUUCCCUUCCAAACGAUUGGUCUGCCUGUUGGUCGGCUGUGGCUGAUUUCGGAACAGUGUGGAUCUCCCUCAAUAAUCAUGUGUAUCCAAAGUUUCGUGUUGGUAACCUCUUGUAUACUGGAGUUGCGUAAUUGUUGACCGCUUUAGUGUAAUGUGGCUUCUGCACAUGUUGCUUCAUGUCAUAUUCUAAGGCUUCGCCUUGUUGUGCACUCCCCGUGGUGAGACGUUUACUAACUCGCAUCCCUUGUAGGUUGUCCGCUGUCUCGCUUUUGGCGAGUCGUGGAUGCUUCGUGUUGGAUGGCGAGCAUCUGCUCCGCUGCUGCGGACCUGAAUCUUGAGCGGGGACUCCUCUGUCCCUGUGGGCUCCGAGGAAAGCAAAAGAAAGGUUGACGGUUUACCGCCGGCGCC